UAAAGGACAUUGUUUACCGAACAACUUUGUCUUAGGGGUGAAGAAUGGGUCGACCGCUUAUGGCACGAUGCAGUGAUCCGAAAACUUAUGAAGAUGAAGUGGAGGAGGAGGAGGACGAGGAGUAUGACGAAGAGGACGAUGAGUACGAGGAUGAUGAUGAAGAUGAGGAGUACGACGAAGAGGAUGAAGACUAUGUGGUAGAUGAGGAUGAAGACGACGAUGAAGAAGAAGAAGAAGAAGAAGAAGAAGAAGAAGAAGAAGAAGAAGAAGAAGUAGAGGAGGAAAAGAAAGAGAAAGAGGAAGAGGAGGAUAAUGACGAUGGUAGAGAAGAAAAGCGCAGAAACGGUGAUGAUGGGAGGCCAAUUAAACAAGUAAAAGAACUCAUAGAUAGAAUCAGUGAAUUGCCAGAUGCACUGGUUACACACAUACUAUCAUUCAUCCCAACGAAAGAUGCUGUUAAAACCUGUAUGUUAUCUAAGCGUUGGCGAUGGACUUGGGCCUCAACAACUACCCUCUUAUUUCUCAUGGACGAAUUUGAGGAGUACAAUCAGUCAUCAUUAACUACAUUCACAAACUUUGUUGACACAACCAUGGCCCUCCAUGAAUCCCCCAAAAUCUACACAUUCAUCCUCAGAUCACCUUACGAUCAAGAAUUCAUGGAGUCCUCAGUUAGUUCAUGGCUCCAUGACGUAAUCAUCAAACAAGUUGAGGAGCUUUGUUUGGAUUUCUUCGAUUGUCCUGAAGAUGAUGAUUAUAACAACAACGAUGGUCGAUACAUUUUGCCUCAGAACAUAUACUCUUGUGAGUUCAUGAGAAAGCUGAGUUUAACUCAUUGCCAUUUCAGUACUAAUCUUUCUCAUGUGAACUGGAAAUCACUCAAAUACCUUUCUUUGGAAAACACUACACUCGAGGAUCCUGUGAUGCAGUACAUUCUUUCUGGUAGUCCUGUACUUGAAUCACUGAAGCUGGUGAACUGCGGCGGGUUUGAUCAUAUUUCAUCAGGUAGUUUAAAAAGACUCCUGAUUUAUGGGCAUAGUGAGUUGUAUUAUGAUGAGAGGGUGUUACAGAUCAAUGCCCCGAAUCUUGAGUCAGUUGAGAUUAAGGGUCCUAUGUGUACAAAGAAGUAUAUGUUUAAGAAGGUUUCACCUGUGCUGUAUGAUGCUACUCUCGCGUUUACGCAGCUGGUUAGGUUUGAUGUUCAACAUGGUGAACAACAGAUUGAAACUAAGUAUGGUGAUUAUCAAGACUUGGUCACUAAUCAAAUUAAAAUGAUUUCUCAUGCUCAGAAUCUUACUAUUGGUGGUUGGGUUCUUCAGAUACUUGAAUCCAGAUACUUGCAUUCAGAUACUUGCAUUCAGGUAAUCUCGGCACGUGAGGUGAGGAACUUACCUACCCGUGGUAAAAUGUGUAAGAUCUUGACAUUGAAGAUACCACUCUGUGCACGAGAUCUUCCUGGCAUCAACAGGUUGCUACGAACUACACCUGUCUUAGAGAGAUUAGUCAUAGAUUUGUCUGGAACUCAUGGAGAUCAGGAAUAUGCAGGGGACUACAACUUAUUAGAUGAUGAAUUAAACAACUUCAUCCCUAAUAGGUACUGGGCGUCUAAAGUCCUGAUAUCUGCAGAGACUCUUAAGAGUGUGGAGUUUAUCGGGUAUUCCUUGUUUACGACUGAAUUAGCUCGGUUCUUGUUACGCCAUGCGAAGAACUUAGAACAUAUGCACUUCCGUAAAACGGAAAACGACUGUGCUAAAUGGCAGAGGCAUUUUGGCAGACUCGAGUAUUUCUUCGAUGUUGUUUGUCUAUUGCUGAGUUAUCCUCGAGCCUCACCUCGAGUCAAAAUUCUGCUCGUGUAA